AUCAUGUCACUCACCUCCAUCCUUUCUGCUGAGGCCAUUGACAACGCUGUCAAGGACUGUCAAGCCCCAGAUUCAUUCUGCUAUAAGAAGUUCUUCAAGCUGUGUGGCCUGUCCUCAAAGACGCCUCAGGAGAUCAAAAAUGUUUUCCAGAUACUCGAUGAAGACAACAGUGGCUACAUUGAAGAGUCAGAACUUAAAUUUUUCCUCCAGAGAUUUGUCCCCGGUGCACGGACUUUAACUGAUGCAGAGGCCAAGAGCUUUAUCUCAGCAGCCGAUGAUGACAAUGACGGCAGAAUUGGAGCAGAGGAAUUCCAGGCAAUGGUGCUGUCUUGAGUUUGACUGGUGAUGACAUAUCCAGAUCCUCAAAUCCUCUUUUACUGCUGAAGUCUCCUGGUUCAUAAUGAAUUACACUUACA